AUGGAGGGUUCGGAAAAUGAACUUCUGGAGGGAGCGGAUGAAACCUCCGGAUAUUCAAUGGCUUUCGAUAUACACCACUUCGCAAAUCACCUCCACCAAUUGUCAAAAGGAAUCACGCUCUCGUCUGUGGUCGGUAUGAGCUGUCUCUGCUUAGGCGUAGCGGCCUUCAGUGCGCUCUACGAGAGCAUCAUCGUCUCGAGACAGUACCUUCGCGAGGUACGUCAGCGAACCAAAGAAAGUGUCUACGUUCGAUCCCGUCGCUGCAAACUCGAGAAAAGAGCUUUGCCCACAACAAGCAACGACCUGGUUUGCGGGCGUCAUCGCAUUAAUGUCGACAAAAUCUGGUACAGAAUUCGUUUCCAUCUGAUUCAGACGUUUCUGCAUAUCCUGCAAGUGAUCCUGGGAUUUCUCGUGAUGGGAAUUAUUCUCCGAUACUCGGGCUGGAUCGCAGUGACCGUGCUGCUGCUGUCGGGAGUCGGUCAUUACCUAAUCGGCGUUGUGGUCUUUCGUAAACCUCUUCCAACUUUGCCCACUUCACUCGAACACUCGCGUGACUGGUUCGCAAAGCUGAUCAAGGAGCACCAGGAACUUACCUCAAAGAUCUCCUAGCUUAGAAUCUACUGACAAUCGCGUACCUGACCAGAUAUUUCUCCGCGAAUCCGGAUUAGUUUUCGAGCGGUCGCUCCUAUUUCAUGGAAAACAACGAGCAGCCGCAAUCGAGCGCGUCGCAGCAACGUUUUCUCACCAUCGAGAAGACACACAUA